AGCCACAGACAGAGAGGCACGCUGACAGACACGGUCGUCGCGUCGGGCGAAAGAGCGAAAGGAGCGAAAGGAGCGUGGGCAGGAAUGGGACAGCGCAAGGCGACGACGAUGGAAGUGCAGCGUUUCCGCCCCGGCAGCAGCAGCAGCAGCGCCCGAGCGUCCUCUCGAUGUCGGUACAAACAUUUGGCACUCCACUGACUCACACUUCCCUUUCCGCAUCGCAUCUCGCCUUCGAGGUGGCCCCAAUUGCCUUGGCGUCGCUGACGCUGUUUUUCCAGCUGACACGAUGGGCAUCGCCAGUCCUGCAUGACAGGCAGCAGUCUUAGUAGCAGACGACGCAGCGCGCGAGGGACCAUCGUUUUUGUUUCGACGAUUUUUGUCUCCCUGGAGCUUGGAGUGCAGUAAUACGGAAAUUAGGUACUGAGGAGUUGUGUGUCUGGGAAGGAUGGCGGGAAUACGUUGGCCUCCUGAGGAGCCUGACCACGCCCACACUCGGCAAGGUGAUGUGGAUGCCGCAUCUCAUUAUUCCGACGAUGAGCGAUCUCUGGCUGCUGAUUCAUGGUCGGUGAAAAGUGAAUACGGAAGCACGCUGGACGGGGAUGAUACGCGUCAAUCGGAUGCCGUUGACGCUUUAGCUGCAGCUAAUUUUCGUCCUUUAGAUUACAGUUCGGACAAAGAAGAACCAGAUGUUGAGGUAGAGCACUCGAUGCUAGGCCUGCAAAGUCACUGGGACUCAGCAUAUGCCGAGGAGCUUGCUAACUUCCACGAGCAUGGUGACGCUGGAGAAGUUUGGUUUGGUGAAGGCGUUAUGGAGACUAUGGCUUCAUGGACUGCAAGAGUUUGUUUGGCAGUCUCAGCAGGUCUUCCUGCAGGUUCUGGGAAUGGUCUUGCAUUGGCAGAUAGAGGACUAAGCGAAGGAAACGUGACAGAAGAGCUCGCGAGCUGGAGCGUUCUGGACCUAGGCACUGGCAAUGGAGUUCUGCUUCAUGCCCUGUCCAAGCAUGGGUUCACGGACCUAACUGGAAGCGAUUACAGUGACGGCGCAAUAGAACUUGCUCAAGCAGUAGCGGAGCGGGAAGGACUCGCAAACAUCACAUUUGUGGUUGAUGACGUGCUCGAGACUAAACUGGAGAGAAAAUUUAAGCUUAUUACGGACAAGGGCACACUAGAUGCAGUUGGUUUACACCCAGAUGGAGCUGCACACAAGAUUCUGUACUGGAGGUCAAUUACGAAACUUCUGGAACCCGGAGGUGUCUUGGUGGUCACGUCCUGUAACAACACGAAAAAUGAACUUGUUGAAGAAGUGAACGCUUUUAUUCAAAGUUUGAGAGCUAACGGAACAAGCACCAGGGAAGAGAAGGAUUCAUACACCUCGUCUAAUAACUGGCAAUCGCCAACAGUGGAGGAGGGCCCUGUACUGGAGUACAUUGACCAUGUACGUACUUAUCCAACUUUCCGAUUCGGAGGCAGCGAGGGAAGCCAAGUUUGUACCGUGGCGUUCAUCCUCAGAGCUUGAGUAAGUUUUUGGGACGUCAGGCGGGCAUAAAGAGCCUCGUUUAAUCAAAAAUAUUGGGAAUCUUCUGCUGGGCGCAAGUUUAUCGAAGGUGCCAACCACGGUAUUUGCCAUCCUGGAGUACUUACAUGGGCGCAUGAUUUGGCUCACCGAGUGUUUACAUACCUGUAUUCGUAGCCACUAUCCUUAGCACAAUCAGUCAAGACCGAUUAUGCUAAACUUGGAGACUAAACCUGGAGCUUUGGUGUAUUCACUGGUCAGAUAUGCUGACGAAGCAUUAAAUAAAAUCUUAUCUACAAACAAGUUUC